AUGUUUUCAUCUUUCUUCUUAUUUUUACGCGUUCGAGAACCAGUUGGUAUAGAAGCAAUACUUGAUAGGUAUACAGAAGAAAACUUAACAAGUUUCACUGAAAAAAACGGAAUUAAUAUAAUGUUAUUUGCAAACGAUUAUGAUCAAGUUCAAUUUGCCCUAAACGGUGUUCAGAAAUACAAAUCAGUAAUGAAUUUUGGCAUGGCACCACAAAAAUUGGCAAGUUCAUAUAAAUGCAAACAGUUUCCAUGCAUAGUACCAUUUAUAAAUGGCAGCCUUUCAUUAAUUGAUCGUCCGAGAGCAUUUUCCAUCCCAUUUACACGCUGGUUAUCUCACUUAGAAGAAGGAUUAUUCCAAACAAUACGUAAUUCAGAAGAUCUCCGCUUAUUAUUAGAUUCAACGAAACCAUUACUGUUUUCUAUAGAUUCUCACGAAGUACCAGAAAGUCUACCGGAAAAUGUUCCAAUUUAUUUUGCAAAUUCUUCAACAUUUUUAGAAUUUAACAUCAGUAUUACAAAAGGAUUUUACGGCUAUCAUCCAAUCUACAAGACAUUAGAGCCAAUUUCGAACUUUUCAGAGCUUUUUAAUACAUCAGUUGUUCAUCCAAAGGGAGUACGCAUUACAGAGCGCCAAUUUUUGGCGGGAUACAUUACAAAUUCAAUGAACAAAACAGAUGAUGAAUUCUUUUUAGAAAAUAUCCGAAAUUUGAGUAAUAAUCCGGAAUUUAAAGAUUUCUUCUUCACUUCGCUUCCAAACUCUAAUUGCAGAUUUAUUGUUGAAGCAGGAUCCUUCAACAAAGCUGCUGCUCCAUAUUUCUUUGUUCUAAAUACAAGUGAUCUCGUCGGAUCAAAUCGCAGAUGGAUAAUUAUACAAAAGGAGAACUUAAUGAAUGCUUCUUACGUAGAACAGUUCCUUACAAGGAUUAAAAACGGUCAAGAAAAUUAUUCAUUAGUAUCUCAACCAAUUCCGACCGAAGUUGACGAAUACAUGAAGAAUGUUGUAAGAGCAGUCGGUCUCAAUGUUGAAGAAAUCAUUAUGCAACCAAAAGAUGUCUUAAUUGCAGUUACUGCUACUUGGUGCCAGCAUUGCCAUGAAUUCCUUCCUGUUUUGAACCAAAUUGCAGAUAUCCUCAAAUAUAAAUGCGUUUGCGCUUACAUUGAAGCAGAUCUUAAUGAAUUACCUCCAAUUAUUGAUUCACAUAGUGGUUUUCCAACACUUUACUUCUUUGGAGCUACUGAUAAAGUACCAGUUCUAUUCAGCGGUCAAAGAAACCUCGAUAGAAUUCUCGAAUUCCUCGGAAACCUCUGUUCACCAAAAUUUGAUCCAUAUGAUAUAGAAAUUCCAGAUGCUACUAACUCUCUCUAA